AGCAACAAGUAGGACCAAAAUAAUCCCCAAGUGGCCUGGCCGUCAGUCUGCCCAGGGCUGUCCUCGGUGCCGUCCGCCGGAGCCUCUGUCCCGCACGUGCCUGGAGAACGCGCGCCUCUGCUUGCUUGCCUUCUCGCGCACGCUUGUAGACCAGGAGUGUGAUUGGGCGUGCCUGCAGCUCAGAGUGGCAGCUGCUGUAAGGAGGAAGAGGCAGCACAAUUUCCGAGUCAACCAGCUGCCAGGCUGCCAUGUUCUCCUCAUUACUAAUAUUAUUUCUAGGCCUCCUGGCCCUCACCAGGCCUCUGGAAAGUUCAAGAAGGUUCCGGCCGCAGAUGCUGACCGAAGAUGAUCACUUUUUGGCUCAGGCAGGCGACUCCGUGACGCUCCCCUGCCACGUCAAGAACCCAGGUCGCCGCUCGAUCUUCUGGUUCAAGGGCGACACCGUCGAAGGUCGGGAGUUGGUUAUGCAGCUAAUGAGUGUGAAGGGAAAUUUCCUAGUGACCAGGCAGUUCCAGGAUGCCAUCAGAUCGGGGAAAUUAAACACAGAUAAAACAAACCUGAUCAUCAACGACUUGUCACCUGAGGACUCGGCGAGCUAUACCUGCUCCUUGGCCGUUGCAGGACAGACAGUGACGCAUACCCUCACUGUAGAAGGUGGCAGGAGACAGGCGCCGCCACUGAUGCUGACGGCGCUUCCGACUGACGGAAGAGUGUCAGCAGGCGAAGGCUUCCCCGCCACCCUCAGCUGCGUUGUCUCCGGGUCCGAUGCCGCCGUGUCGUGGCACAAGGUGGGGAGCAGGCAGGUACUGAGUGUUGGGCCGGUCUUCAAUAUUUACUCAGUUCGCAGAGAAGAUGAAGGCAGUUACGUGUGUACAGCUGAUAACGGAGUCUCCAGGCCAGCUUCCUUUACGUUCGACGUCACAGUAGAAUAUGUGGACGUGGAAGUCGACCAGACGGAGGUGGUGGCCUCGACAGACGACCUGACUGCUCUCCUCUCCUGCACCGUGAAAGGGUCUCCCGCCCCGCAUAUGUCAUGGUAUGACUCCCAAGGCCCCAUCAGGCAGAACGAUCCCCGCCGCCGCAUCUCCUCCAGGGGCGAGUUUCACUACCUGCAGCUAACUGACAUGAAGCCAUCUGACCUCGGAGAGUACCAGUGUUAUGGCUACAACGAAAAAGGACGCGACCGGGAGACCAUCACAGUGACCGCCGCCCCGGGACCUGUACGUGUGCUGGGCGCGGAGCCCACUGGCUAUGGCUUCACGUACCGUGUGUCCUGGGAAGUCAACAGCCUGUCUCCCAUCAACUACUACUACUUCGCCUACAGGGAGAUGAGCUCGGACUUUGUAAUGACCGUAAACGUGCCCGGGACUAGCGACCCUGUGAGUGGCUCCUCGACCAUGUACCGCGGCAGCACUGAUGUCACCUUCAAUCCGGGCGAGACCUAUGAGAUCAUGGUGACGCCCGUCUCGGUGCAAAACAAGCCCGGACCUGAACAGAAGGAAGUCUUCAGGUUCUCCGUUCCGCUCGAGCCAGUCAAAGUGGUCAGCACGAACGGGGACUCGUGGAAGUGGUGGAAGAUGAGCAUGGCGCUGUUGUCUCGGCUGCCGCAAGUCGCUCGCCUCAUGCAGGAUUAAAGACGGAAAAUAGUCAACAAGCUGGGUCAACAGCAUGAUCAGCUGCUCAUCUCACACACAUAAUGUGAAAUGCGUUAGGACAUUCUUCAAAUGACCGUGACAAAACAUGUGAUUAUUAUUCUGACUUUGGUCAAAGCAUAUAGUCUUAUGUCAAAUGUAUUUGUACAUAUCCCUGAUUCAUUAGAGAAAAAAAAUGCUUCAUUUUAGGCACCUGAAAAUGCCUGUCAAAUAUACGUUGUUUACGCAUGGAUAUUCCAUGAUAAAUGUCCAGUCCCCUGAUAUUUACGAAUACAAAAUAAUCAAAGCAUGAAAUGUGCUAGCUUUAAUGUUUCAGUUUGUCGUUUAGUUUGUGUUUUUUCACUUGAUAUAGAACAUAGAUUUUUACAGAAUUGAUAUGAAAGUAGGAGCCCGUGCUUGUUAACAAAGUGGCGUCUUGUCUAAUUAAAAUUACAACGUAUUUGUAAGAAACCCUAAUUGUAGUCCAUAAAAGGGAAAUUAUACUACAGUUCCUGUGAAAUGUUCCUUAAGAAACGCAUUUGUUAUUUCUUUUUGUCCUAAUAUUUUAAUAAAAAUGUUUAUCAAUAA